UUACAUGUUAAAUUUAUGUAAUGAAAACUACUAUACAACUUUGAUAUAAAUUGAUUAAAGAAUUACUGGUAUAUAAUUAGAUUCUAAUUUGGAUUUAAUGAAGCUAUUGUUUCCUUAAUCUUAAUUAAAAUAAAAAUAAAAAAAAAAUAAAAAAAAAAAGAGUUGGAGCUAAGAUCCGUGAAGUUUUGGUACAGUUAUGAUGAAGCAGUAUUAGACUUUUAUUCCUACAGUCAUCAUUUAUAGAACACAUCACCCUCCAUUGGCACCUAUAAAAAACCACAAUACCCUCAUUCUAAGCACUCAACACUCACCAUCAUAUUCUCCCUUGGACAAUAAAUUAGAUAUGGCAUCAAAAUGCAGUGUUUUAUUGGUUCUUUUUCUUGUUAACAACCAUCUAUUGUUUACCAUAGUUAAUGGUUGUGAAACUACCCCUACCUCAAAAAGUAACGUAAACCCAAAUCCAAACACCAAUAUGAACCCUUACUAUAAUCCUAACCCUAACCACGAUUCCAACGCUAGUUCCACCUCCGAUUCCAAUCCCAAUUCCUCUUCCAAUUCUAACCCCACUCCCAACCUCUCCAAUGCAAACCCAAACCAAAACCCAUCGACAAACAUUAACCCACCAUGGGCAACAUGCCCUAGAGACGCCUUGAAACUAGGAGUGUGCGCCAAUCUUCUUGGGGGGUUGGUUAGUGUUGAGGUGGGUUCGCCACCAGUAAAGCCUUGCUGCUCUCUUAUCCAAGGACUAAUCGACCUUGAGGCUGCUCUCUGCCUUUGCACUGCCAUCAAAGCCAACGUGUUGGGUAUCAAUCUCGAUGUACCACUGUCUCUCAGCUUGCUACUUAAUGCUUGUGGCAACCAAGUCCCAAGUGGCUUCCAGUGCGCCUAACUCAAGCUACAUGACUGGAUCAUUACAUCUGGUUUUACAUUGUACGAGAUUGUGUGUUGAGAAUUAUGUUGGUGACAAGUCAGUCCUUUCACUUUUUCAUAUAUAAAAUUCA